AGUGAAGCUGAGCCUGGCCUCGCAAGCUCCUAGAGGACCACCUCCUGAGACAGUUCUUUCUCCCCUCUUCUUUCUCCAAGCUCCCCUCCUGCCCUCCCUUCCUGCCCAGUACAAUGCAUUCUUGACUGGAAGCAUCUGGACUCCAAGCAGCCCCAGAGAGCCGGAGCAAGCCACAGAGAGAGGACUGGAGCCAAGACACUCUGGUGGGGAGCUUGGAUGCCUGGCUCUCUUUGAGGACAUCUCUGGAGCAAGUGUGGCUUUGGGGUUGGGGGUUGCGCUGCAGGGAAUCCAGCCAGGCCCCAAGAUGGACACUUCUGGGCACUUCCAUGACUCGGGGGUGGGGGACCUGGAUGAAGACCCCAAGUGCCCCUGUCCGUCCUCCGGGGAUGAGCAGCAACAGCAGCAGCAGCCGCCGCCACCACUGCCAGCACCACCAGCAGCCCCCCAGCAGCCCCCAGGACCCCCGUUGCAGCCUCAGCAGCAGCAGCAGCAGCCUCAGCAGCAGCAGCAACAGCAGCAGCAGCCACCGCAUCCCUUGUCUCAGCUCGCCCAACUCCAGAGCCAGCCUGUCCACCCUGGCCUGCUGCACUCCUCUCCCACUGCUUUCAGGGCCCCCCCUUUGUCCAACUCCACCGCGAUCCUCCACCCUUCCUCCAGGCAAGGCAGCCAGCUCAAUCUCAAUGACCACUUGCUUGGCCACUCUCCAAGUUCCACAGCCACAAGUGGGCCUGGUGGAGGCGGCCGGCACAGGCAGGCCAGCCCCCUGGUGCACCGGCGGGACAGCAACCCCUUCACAGAGAUUGCCAUGAGCUCCUGCAAGUACAGUGGUGGGGUCAUGAAGCCCCUCAGCCGCCUCAGCGCCUCCCGGAGGAACCUCAUCGAGGCUGAGCCUGAGGGCCAACCCCUUCAGCUCUUCAGCCCCAGCAACCCCCCAGAGAUCGUCAUCUCUUCCCGGGAGGACAACCAUGCCCACCAGACCCUGCUCCAUCACCCCAAUGCCACCCACAACCACCAGCACGCCGGCACCACCCCCAGCAGCACCACCUUCCCCAAAGCCAACAAGCGGAAAAACCAAAACAUUGGCUAUAAGCUGGGACACAGGAGGGCCCUGUUUGAAAAGAGAAAGCGACUGAGUGACUAUGCUCUGAUUUUUGGGAUGUUUGGAAUUGUUGUUAUGGUGAUAGAGACCGAGCUCUCUUGGGGUUUGUACUCAAAGGAUUCCAUGUUUUCGUUGGCCCUGAAAUGCCUUAUCAGUUUGUCCACCAUCAUCCUCUUGGGCUUGAUCAUCGCCUAUCACACACGUGAAGUCCAGCUCUUCGUGAUCGACAAUGGUGCGGAUGACUGGCGGAUAGCAAUGACCUAUGAGCGCAUCCUCUACAUCAGUCUGGAGAUGUUGGUGUGCGCCAUCCACCCCAUCCCCGGCGAGUACAAGUUCUUCUGGACGGCUCGCCUGGCCUUCUCCUACACACCCUCACGGGCGGAGGCCGACGUGGACAUCAUCCUGUCCAUCCCCAUGUUCCUGCGUCUGUACCUGAUCGCGCGUGUCAUGCUGCUGCACAGCAAGCUCUUCACGGACGCCUCGUCCCGCAGCAUCGGGGCGCUCAACAAGAUCAACUUCAACACCCGCUUCGUCAUGAAGACCCUCAUGACCAUCUGCCCCGGCACCGUGCUGCUGGUGUUCAGCAUCUCGCUGUGGAUCAUCGCUGCCUGGACUGUCCGCGUCUGCGAAAGGUACCACGACCAGCAGGACGUAACCAGUAACUUUCUGGGUGCCAUGUGGCUCAUCUCCAUCACAUUCCUUUCCAUUGGUUACGGGGACAUGGUGCCCCACACGUACUGUGGGAAAGGUGUCUGUCUUCUCACCGGCAUCAUGGGUGCGGGCUGCACUGCCCUCGUGGUGGCCGUGGUGGCCCGGAAGCUGGAGCUCACCAAAGCAGAGAAGCAUGUUCACAACUUCAUGAUGGACACUCAGCUCACCAAACGGAUCAAGAAUGCCGCGGCCAAUGUCCUGCGGGAGACGUGGCUCAUCUACAAGCACACGAAGCUGCUCAAGAAGAUCGACCACGCCAAGGUCAGGAAGCACCAGAGGAAGUUCCUGCAGGCCAUCCACCAACUGCGGAGUGUCAAGAUGGAGCAGAGGAAGCUGAGUGACCAAGCCAACACCCUGGUGGACCUCUCCAAGAUGCAGAAUGUCAUGUAUGACUUAAUCACAGAGCUCAAUGAUCGGAGCGAAGACCUGGAGAAGCAGAUUGGGAGCCUGGAGUCCAAGCUGGAGCAUCUCACCACCAGCUUCAACUCCCUGCCCUUGCUCAUCGCGGACACACUGCGCCAACAGCAGCAGCAGCUGCUGUCUGCCAUCAUCGAGGCCCGGGGUGUCAGCGUGGCGGUGGGCACCACUCACACCCCGCUCUCCGACAGCCCGAUCGGGGUGCCUCUACUUGGGAGCAGGAAGCUGAGAUGACAGGAAGCGACGCCUCUGGCAGGGCCCUUGCUGCAGUUGGUGGAGAACAGAAAUCCACGCUCAAUCUCAGCACCCAAACAUGAACUGGAGUUCCCUCUGAACAAAACCAUUAUCAAAUCUUCAACGUAUGACCUCUAAUCUAGGUGCCAAGCGCUCUGUGACACUUACUUACUUACACACCCGAGAAAUGCAUUGUGGAAGCUGUAAUCUUGGACCUGAACCAUGAAACAAACAAAAGGGACAUUGUGACCAACCGAGCUGAUGGAGCAAAAGCACAAAUUCAACAUCAACCUGAAGUUAGGAUCCCAAAGAGAUGCUGAAUUUAUAGCAAAAAAAAAAAAAAUCAACGACAAAUCAAAUA